AACUUCGCCCUCGCCAUGGCGCCCUUGCUGAAGGCCCUGUGGUUACUGUUGUUGCUCCAGCCCGCGGCCCUGGUGCCGAUCAAGCCCGAGGCAGACGACGAGCAGGCCCGGGACCUAUCGUCCCCGGAGCUGCUGCCGCUCGCCCGCUUUGCGCUGGAUACGUACAAUUACGGCCGUGCUGCAGGGAUGAGGGCCGAGCUGGGGGCCAUACGGGGCAGCGCCCGCCGGGCCGGCAGGGGUUCUCUGUUCUCCCUUCAAGCCACAAUGGAGGAGCCACCUUGCAAUGAUCCCCUGGUCUGCCCGUUCCCUGUGACUAAGAAAACCAUGCUCUGCAGUUUUGAAGUACUGGCUGAGCUAGGAAAACACGCGCUGCUGUGGAGAGACUGUGGCCCGCUGAAUGCCAAGGAGUAUAGAAAUGAGACUCAGAGAUCGUUCCUUCCGAUGUUGGACAAGGAUCCCCUGCCCCAGGGCUUUUCUGUGAAGAUGGCUGCACUCUUUAAGGACUUCAUGACUGCCUAUAACAAGACUUACAAAUCAAGGGAAGAAGCCCAGUGGCGUUUUACUAUCUUUGCCAGAAACAUGAUACGAGCACAGAAGAUUCAGGCCCUGGAUCGUGGCACAGCGCAGUAUGGGAUCACCAAGUUCAGUGACCUCACAGAGAAGGAGUUCCAAACCGUCUUCCUGAAUCCCCUCUUAGAAAAAGAACCUGGCAGGCAGAUGCGUCUAGCCAAGUCCAUAAAUGAUCCCGCCCCGCCUGAAUGGGACUGGAGGAAAAAAGGGGCUGUCACCAAAGUGAAGGACCAGGGCAUGUGUGGCUCCUGUUGGGCCUUCUCUGUCACAGGCAACGUGGAGGGCCAGUGGUUCCUAAAGCGUGGGACUCUGCUCUCCCUGUCAGAACAGGAGCUCUUGGAUUGUGACAAGAUGGACAAGGCCUGCAUGGGUGGAUUGCCCUCUAGUGCCUACACAGCCAUAAAGAAUUUGGGAGGGCUGGAGACAGAGGAUGACUACAGCUACCAGGGCCAUGUUCAGGCCUGCAACUUCUCGGCACAGAUGGCAAAAGUCUACAUCAACGAUUCGGUGCAGCUGAGCCGGAACGAGAAUAAGUUGGCAGCCUGGCUGGCCCAGAAAGGACCCAUCUCAGUUGCCAUCAACGCCUUUGGCAUGCAGUUCUACCGCCAUGGGAUCGCUCACCCGCUCCGGCCCCUCUGCAGUCGCUGGUUCAUCGACCAUGCUGUGUUGCUGGUGGGCUAUGGCAACCGCUCCAACAUUCCUUAUUGGGCCAUCAAGAACAGCUGGGGCACUGACUGGGGUGAGGAGGGUUACUACUACUUGCAUCGCGGGUCUGGAGCCUGUGGUGUGAACACCAUGGCCAGCUCAGCAGUGGUGGACUGAGGGACUUGCUGGCACAGGACCUGAUGCUGACCACAAGUGGCCCCUUUCUUAGCCUGACUCAUGGCCCAGGCUGCUCCUCAGGAGGCAUAGCUGGCUGAGGGACAGGAACUUUGUACCUCAGGGUGAGCAGCGGGCACUGGGCUCCUUCUUCCCUCCCUCCCUC